UGAUUCCCAUGCCAGGUUACAUCUGAAAAUAUUAUUUUCCCAUCAUCUGAAAUGUACUUCUUGGUCCUAAUCCAUGUUUUGAAUGGAACUUUUGGACUGGUAACCGUCAAAAUAUGUCAGUUAUAAUGGAUGAUAGCACAUUACCAAGCAUGAACAUAAUGCGUAAAUUAAAAGGGGGUGGCAGCGUCGGGAGUGUGGGUUCCAGUAGCAGCGGAGGCUUGGAUGAAUCCACAAGCGGAGCGAACCCGCAGCAUACUGCUCUGGGUCUGAUGCACCUGAAAAAGCUUUUUUCAGAAUACACUCACCCUCCACACCCCCUAUCUGAAGCAGAACGUGAUGAUAAACUGUAUAAUAUGCUGCCUUUGUUCUGCAAGGUAUUUGGAUCCAGUCCAUCUGGGGAUAUGAAUGAGAAGUUUUGGGAUAUUUUAGCAUUUACACAGCAAGUAUCUGCAUUGAUGGUAUCUGAAAUUAGCAGAAGGGCAAGCAAUCAGAGUACCGAAACAGCAAGUUGUGCUAUUGUAAAGUUUUUAGAAAUUGAAAACAGUGAAGAGUCCAGCAAUGGGUGGAUGCUACUAUCUGCAUUAAAUCUACUAGCUGCUGGCGAUACUUCUUUGAUACUGGCUAUGACAACUGCUUCCGUUCCAUCGACUUUGGUAAAGUGCCUCUACUUGUUCUUUGAUUUACCGGAAAUGAGCGAAGACGAGGCAGAUGUUACCGAUACAAAUAGUGAAUUCACACCUCGAGAACGUAGAAUACUCCUACAAAAGAUUUUUGUUCAGCUGCUAGUACGAUUAUGCAGUCACCCAUAUCCGGCGGAAGAACUUGCCCGCAAAGAUGAUUUAACUUUACUGUUCUCGGCGAUAACUAGCUGGUGUCCUCAUUACAAUGUAAUGUGGCGGAAAAGUGCAGCAGAAGUUCUAAUGACCUUAUCUCGUCACGGCCUUACGCAGAGUGUUGUUUCAUACAUACACAAUAAAGGAUGCAUAGCACUUUGCAUUGAUAAUAUGCAACGAGUGCCCGAAUUAGCCCCAUUGGAGGUGGUUGAAAUGUUUGUGACAGUAUUCUGUUUCUUAAAAGAUUCCAGUGAAGUAUCUCAGACAUUGUUGGAUGAUUUCCGUGCUUGUCAAGGAUACGUAUUUCUAUCGGAAUUUUUAUUGAAACACGCGCCAUCAAGAUUGGAACAAGACGAGAAAGCUGAGGCACAGGACGCAAUUAGGAAUCUGGUCUUAAUGUUAGCGUCACUUACCAUGUGUGGUCAUACAGAGUUAAAACCAAGUCAAACCAGUAUGGGAUCUCUUUUUCAAAUGUUAGGCUUUACGUUACCUCAACCGAGUAAUAGAGGUGGCAGUGUCCGUAACGUGCAAGCAUUCAAGGUUCUACAAUCAGUAUUUGUCAAAUCCAAUUCAUCUCUAUUGUGCUGUACUAUACUCGACGCCAUAUCAAGCGUUUAUCAUAGCGACAACGCCAAUUAUUUCAUUUUGGAGGGACAGAAUACUUUGUCACAAUUCUCCGAAAAAAUUCAUCUGAAAAAUCCAGAAAUUCAAAAGAAGUUCUUCCAGCUCAUAGAAUUUAUAGUAUUUCAAUUAAAUUUCGUGCCUUGCAUAGAACUCGUAUCUCUGUCUAUAUUACUGAAGAAAAACAAUUCGGUCAGUUGCAGUAUUAUGUGCGUGGAAACUCUUCUAAAUAUACUGAGACAUAAUGGAAUAUUCAAAGAUGUUUAUCAAGAAGUUGGCAUCCUUGAAGUAUUUGUGACAUGUCUUCAUCGCUAUGCCACAUUAUUAAAGGAUAAACAAGCUGCCACGGAUAAGGGAUUGGAAUACAAAAUGUGCCCGGAACAAGAACGACUUGGUUUUUUAGUGAUGGAGGCUUUAACAACACUUUUGGCAGGAAGUACACAAAAUGCUAAUGUAUUUAGGGAAUGUGGAGGAGCGCGAUGCGCUCACAAUCUUGUACCGUACGCCGAUUGUAGACAUCAAGCCCUUGGCAUCGUUAGGGAGCUAAUACUCAGUGCAGGUGGUGACGACGACAUGGCAACUUUACUCGGUGUCAUGCAUUCUGCACCACCCAGUGCACUUGUACUCAAAACUCAUAUACUAAAAUCUUUGCUCUCUUGUCUUCGAGAAUCGCACCGAACAAGAACCGUAUUCCGUAAAGUUGGCGGUUUUGUUUACGUAAUGUCUGUUCUUGUAUCUUUGGAAGGUCGAUUAGGCACCCAAAUGUUACAAAGUGCAGAACCGUGCAACGAUCUCAGUCAGCGAACCCCUCAAGAAGAAGCCCAAUUGUUGACGCUGUUGCAUGUUGUCUUUCAUACAAUUAGUACAGCCAUGAGAUUUGAACCUGCAAAUGCGAAAUUUUUUCAUCACGAGAUAUGCCAAUCGAGUCUCUGCGAUACCUUACGACUUCUCGGUUGUUUCUCAACUGAUACCAAAGUUACCGAAACCGACGUUAUGCUAACAUUAAAUUAUCAUAAUACUCUACUUGCCCUAUUUACCAGUAACGUGUUAGAACCAACAUUUCCUGGUGAAAUGCCAAAAACUUUGGGAUACGCGUGUAUAUUAUUGAGGCUCCUUUACGAUGUUGCACUGGAUGCUUUCGAUAAGCCUAAUCUCACUGGUGUGAGUAUAAGGUCUCCAAGCCAUAAACAGACUACUGUGGAGCAUCAGAAAUUACUGGAUUCGCCUGGAAGCGGGAAAAGAUGCAAUGUAAAUUCUCUAAAUCUGAAUCCUCCUGCUCCGGAGCCAAUUGUUGUUCAUCCCGGAAUUGUUGUUGGCAUGUUACAUCUGCUACCUUCGAUUCACGAACCUUCCAAUCCUCAGUUUGCUUUGGCACUUCAAUUGUAUAUAGCUGAAGUCAUCAAAAGCUUGGUACGCUCUGAAAGGAAUCAGCAAGUCAUGUGCGAUGCUGGAAUGGCGGGAGAAUUAUUAAUGAUGGGCAGAAUUGCUCUGCAAGAUGAAACACAUCCUCUCCAUCAGCCAUUGCAAUACAUCAUAGAAAGACUUGCAGCUCAAUCGCUGGAACCCAAAGACUUGAGGGAAUUUUUGAGACUUGGCGAUCCAUUAUGCUGCAUAUGCUUAGAUGAAAUGGAAACUAACAAGCCGAAAGGAGGUCCUGUUCCAUUGACUCGAAUAAAAACCUUGGUAUCGAUGACUACCCCCAAAGAUUUUAGAGCACAUGGUUCUUGCACGUUACCAUCCUUCGUUGAAUUCGAUAUGAGUGCAGAAGGGUUUGCGUGUCUGUAUUUACCCAGUGUCGCACCACAAAGCACCACACCACCCACAGUAGUAACAGCUGAUAACAGCGUACUUGGUGGAAUUGGAUCAGGUGAUAGAUUGUUUCCCCCACAAACUGGAUUAACAUACAGCACUUGGAUAUGUGUCGAUAAAUUCAGUGAUCCCCGAACAGAUCCGCAUUGUGUGAGAUUGUUGACUUUGGUACGGAGUCCUCAAUCGGCUCGAGAUUUAAUUUGCUUCACUGCCGUCCUCAGUGCAAGAGAUAAAGCCAUUAUUGUUUCCACUCAAGAGACCGCCUUGCUUCAGAAUGUGAGCGAGUGGGAGCCAGAGCGAGCAGGUGAAUCCGCAGCUAGAGUGUGGUGUCCGGAUUUACUUCAUGAAGGGCAGUGGCAUCAUAUUGUGAUAGUGUUGAAUCGCGCUGUCUUGAAGAACUCCAGUUUCUCAUUAUACUUAGAUGGCCAACACGUACACAGUCAAAAGCUGCAUUACAUUACGCAAAGCCCAGGAGGAGUUGCGACAAAUUUAACCGUAGCAUCACCCGUGUAUGGUUAUAUAGGAACGCCUCCAUGUUGGCGACGGUAUUCCCGACUUACAUGGAAACAAGGACCGUGUCAUUUGGUAGAAGAAGUAUUUAACUCUCAUAGCGUAGCUAUUUUGUUUAAAUUAGGGCCUCAUUACAUGGGUAGUAUGCAAGCACCGCAAAUAACUGGACCUGAGCCUUUACCAGCUUUAGUAGCUGAAGAAAAGGUCGUUUUUGGAUUGAAUGCCAAAGCCAUGUCGCAGCUGACACUUGCGAAAAUUAGAAAAGUAUAUAGUAGGGCUGAUAACAAGUCAAUAGCUAAACAGCUGGGCAUGUCGUCUCAUGAGAACGCUACACCGAUUAGAAUUUUACACAACUCUGCUGGACACCUGAGUGGACCAGCGAGGGCAUUGGGUGGUGUUGUGGUUGGUUAUUUAGGAGUUCGAGUUUUUAAUCCUCGACCAGUUGCCACUAUGAUUGACAAUGUUGGUGGCUGCUCCGUUUUACUUGGAAUGAUUGCAAUGGCUCAAGAUGUGGAAUCACUUUAUGCUGCUGUAAAAGCAUUAGUAUGCGUCGUACGCUCUAAUCAAGCAGCCCAACAAGAAAUGGAUCGGCGAAGAGGUUACCAAACUUUGGCAAUGUUGCUGAGAAGGAAGUGUCCCCUUUUGAACAGUCACAUAUUGCACCUCACAUUUAGUUUGGUAGGUACGGUCGACAGUGGAAGGGAAACCAGUGCUAUUCCUAAUGUUACUGCUUUCCAAGAUCUUUUAUGCGACCUGGAGGUUUGGCACGAAGCACCAGGAGAAUUGCUACGUUCUCUCCUGGAACACUUGUACGAAUUGAUUGCAGAGUCUAGCGAGAAGCGUACAAAUUUAAGGCUCAUGAGAGAUUUGCAAUUAGUACACAAACUGCUGCACAUUUUAAGCGAUGUAAAACAGAACGCUACAAGACAAGUACUUUUAGCACUGUUAAACAUAUUACUGGGUCAACCUCGGCAAGCUGAUUUAUUGUGGUUUGGGCAAUUUAUCGUGGCUACUUUGCCAGUUUCCUCCGAGAAACAUUUAGUAUUGCGCGAAGCCGAUGGUUCGAAAGACGGAGAGGGUGAAUGUAUACUAUUAAGGAAUCGAUGCUUACAGCUUUUACAUUCAUUGCUGUUCAAUGGGUCGAAAGUAAAUACAAGCAUGUGUGAAGAGGUGGCACGCGUUUUGGGAUUGGAUUGGGUGCUCCUAUUCCUGCAAGCCGGUCUUCACAACUCUACAGUGGUUUGGGGGCUACGUAUAUUGGUUGCAAUCUGUUCGGUACAAUCGAUAUUACAAAAAUUCAAGGAAGGAACGAGUAACGGAGGCUGGUUACGCCACACAGACCACAACAAAGUAGCAUUAGCGUUAGGAUGUCAUCAACAGAUGUCCGGAGGUGAUAUAAAAACCGCAGGACUUCAUGUCCCAGGCUUCCAACACCUUGGCUGGUUACUCCCUCAGCACGUAGAUCUUGAUCCUGAACUAUACUUCUUAUUUAUUGCUCUCACGAUGGGCCAACCUGUAAAAUUACUGCCUGCUGAUUCGAAGCUGGACCUCAAUAAUGUCUGGAACUUCAUGUUCGGCGUACCGGCAAAUCAUUCGCUAUCUUCAUAUGCUAGCAGAAUCAAUCUUUGUCCUGAGGCUGUAGUUACGCUCUUGGCCAUGGUUCGCACCAUGCUUAACAGUUAUUCUACUGGCCCAGAGAAUUUGCCAGAAUGGCUCACUGACUAUCCAGUGACAAUAAUCCAAUUCUUAUUCUUUCUGUAUCACAAUUUUACCGAUUUCAUGCAUGUGUUCAUGUCAGCUGAGGUACUGGGGGCACUGGCUGGGACCUUAUUCCCAAAGCCAGGAAACUGUCAAGACAGCAGCGGUGCCAGCACUCCAUCGGAUGAGGAACCGGUGUUGGUGCGGUCUCCGUCGAAAGACGUGAGUCUUACAAACCACCCGGCUCGGAAAUUUGUCAUGGAUUUUCUCAGAGUUAUUAUAGUCGAUUCCCUUUCACUGCCCGUAACCGCAAAAUCACCACCUGCGAUCGAUCUUGUUUUGGAAGCUUGGCCAGAACAUGCUUCUACUGGACAACAAACUCGUUACCAAACAGAAGUUUUGUCAAUUUUAAUGGACCAUUUACUGGCAGCGGAUGUUCUUAUUGGCGAACAAGCUGCCUUGCCGGUUGUACCUGGCGGUUCUGCUAAUAAUAUUACCAAUAAUGUAUGUUACGUUGCUGCCAGGAUAGUCGAUAAAUUGUGGCAAGGCGCUUUAACCAAAGAUCCACACGAAGUAUUUGAUUUUAUCGUAAAACUUAUCGGCCAAGCGAAACGAAGACCUGGUGCUGUCAGUAUGGAAGGUCUUCAUCAUUGCCUAAAUAGGACAAUCUUAUUUCUCCUGUCGCGAUCUACGGAGUCUAUCGCCGAUCAAAUGGCUGUUUUAGAAGCGUUGCACAAACUUACAAACCAUAGGCUGUUAGUUUUUGGUGCUGGGAAUCAUGAACUAGAGUUUAUCGGUUGUUUGACGUAUUGUCUUCUUCAAUUGACAGCUGAUAUAAAGAUUAUGUUGGACACCAAUAUGAAAACCACUUGGCAUGUCAAUCCACAAGUUGAAUCCAGCGAUGACAGGUUAACAUCUCAUCAGGGACAUAAUUUAAUGGCUGUGGCUGCAUUGAGAGUGUGGGAAGAACUUUACGUUUGCAAGAAGCCCGCUAUUGAAGAAGUAUUUAAAAUUACUUUACCUCAACCAACGGGUAACGAACGAGCUCCUGACUUAGGAGCCGUGAGGGAUCAAGUUUAUGAAGCUGCGACAAGAUUAUGGUUGAAUUAUGUAGUAUUGGAGAGAAAAGCUUCAUACCGAGUACCUUGGGAAUUUCAUAAUCAAAUUCAAUCGAAAAUCCAAAAAGUAACCGGAGGUUUGACGAGACUGGCAAGUAGGACAAAGGUUAGAAAAGAGGAAUCCAUACGAGUUAGGCUAAGACUUCAUCAGAAUACUGUGGCACAAUGGACAGAACAACAUGUAGCUCUGGUCAGAGAACUUGCAGCAGCAAGACGUUUACAGCAUCAACAGACCUAUCAGCACACCCAGCGUUACGUAUAUCAAGAAUGGUUACAAACAGAAACAGAAUUGACAAGGGAAAGAGGUUUAUGGGGUUCGACUGCACCUACUAAAUUGGACAAAUGGAUGCUGGAUAUGACAGAAGGUCCUUGCAGAAUGCGCAAAAAAAUGAUGAAAAAUGAUUUGUUCUACAUUCACUAUCCGUACAGGCCAGAACUGGAACAUCCCGAUAAUAAACAAUUGAAGUACAAAGUAGCCAGUAGUCUGGACAGCAAGGACUAUUAUUUAAAGCAACUGGAUAACGCAUCGGGAAUGUUCGAACGAGAACGCGAUCCAGUGAUCGACGAUACUCCCUUAAAUGUUAACGAAGUGUCAACCGAGAGUGAACCGCCAAUGGUGCCUUGCACAUUGGAGCGUCAUGCCAGCGAGCCUGAUGAAACUGCAGAAGAUAAUGAACAGGAAGAAGAGAAUAACCAGGCUGUACCAGAUAACCAGACUCUCCUUCGACUGCUUGAAGAGCACGAGAAGAUAAGCCACAUGUUCAGGUGUGCAAGAAUACAAGGGUUAGAUACAACGGAAGGUCUUUUACUUUUUGGCAAAGAACAUUUUUACGUCAUCGAUGGAUUUACUUUAUCAAAGUCGAGGGAAAUAAGGGAUAUCGAGAGCUUGCCCGAAGCUUAUGAACCUAUAUUGCCUUCACCUGGAUCUCCUAGACGAUCCAGGGCUAUGAGACAGUGUUCGAAAUUUAAUUACGAAGACAUUAGGGAGGUCCAUAAGAGAAGAUACCUAUUACAACCGAUGGCGUUGGAAGUUUUCAGCGGAGAUGGUAGAAAUUACCUCUUGGCAUUUCCGCGUAAAGUACGGAAUAAAGUUUAUCAAAGGUUCAUGACUUUCGCUACUGCCAUCGCUGACAGUGCCCAACAAUCAGUGGCUGGUCAAAAGAGAACAGCAAAUGUCGAGCAGGCUACGGGAUUGUUGUCGAAUCUAAUUGGGGAAACGUCUGUUACGCAGCGAUGGGUGAGGGGAGAAAUAUCUAACUUUCAAUAUCUGAUGCACCUCAAUACGCUGGCUGGUCGUAGUUACAAUGACCUUAUGCAGUAUCCCAUCUUUCCUUGGAUAUUGGCCGAUUAUGACAGCGAAGAAUUAGAUUUAGCCGAUCAAGCGACCUUCCGAGAUUUCGCAAGACCCAUGGGUGCACAAAGCUCUGAGCGAUUACUACAAUUUAGGAAGAGAUAUAAAGAAUGGGAUGAUCCACACGGAGAAACUCCACCGUAUCAUUACGGUACACAUUAUUCGUCAGCAAUGAUAGUGUGUUCUUAUUUGGUAAGAAUGGAGCCAUUCACGCAGCAUUUCCUCAGGUUGCAGGGAGGUCACUUUGAUUUGGCCGACAGAAUGUUUAACAGCGUUAAGGAAGCAUGGCUCUCGGCUUCUAAACACAAUAUGGCAGAUGUAAAGGAACUGAUACCAGAGUUCUUCUACUUGCCAGAAUUUCUUGUCAAUUCCAAUCACUUUGAUCUAGGCUCGAAACAAAGUGGCGUUCAACUUGGAGAUAUAGUUCUUCCUCCAUGGGCGAAACAGGAUCCUCGUGAAUUCAUUCGAAUGCAUCGUCUCGCUUUAGAAUGCGACUUUGUCUCUCAACAUUUACAUCAUUGGAUAGAUUUAAUAUUCGGAUGUAAACAGAACGGCCCAGGGGCCGUAGAGGCUGUCAAUGUAUUUCACCAUCUUUUUUACGAGGGGAACGUCGAUAUUUAUAAUAUCGACGAUCCUUUGAAGAAAAAUGCAACGAUCGGGUUUAUCAAUAAUUUUGGUCAAAUUCCGAAGCAGCUAUUUAAAAAGCCACAUCCAUCUAAAAAGAUGUCUCAGAGGACUAGCGUUAUCGACCCUGGUCCUAUCACGCCUGGACUUAGCAUAACAACGUCCGAUAGACUGUUCUUCCACAAUCUUGACAAUCUAAAACCAUCUUUGCAACCGAUUAAGGAAUUAAAGGGCCCUGUCGGACAAAUUUUACACUUGGAUAAGGCUGUACUUGCAGUGGAACAGAAUAAAACCCUGAUUCCACCAUCGUACAACAAGUACGUCGCGUGGGGCUUUGCAGAUCAUUCACUAAGAAUAGGAAACUAUGAUAGCGAUAAAGCAAUAUUUGUCUGUGAGGGUAUGAUGCAAAGCAGUGGGGAAAUAGUGGCCUGUGUCUGUCCAUCAUCCAAGUUAAUCGUAACUGCAGGCACUAGUUCCGUGGUAACUAUUUGGGAAUACGCAAAACGGCAGCUUUCUAUUAAACAAUGUUUAUACGGGCAUACGGAUGCUGUAACGUGUCUGGCCUCAAGUCCGGCAUACAACGUUAUAGUAUCAGGAUCGAGAGACAGUACAGCCAUCAUUUGGGAUCUGUCGAGAUGUCUUUUUGUGCGGCAACUCAGGGGACAUGCUGGACCUGUUGCUGCCGUUGCCAUAAACGACUUAACGGGUGAUAUUGCGACUUGCGCGGCAACGUGGUUGCACGUGUGGAGUAUUAACGGGGAAGAAUUAGCAAGUGUUAAUACUUGUGUUGGCAGAGCCGACAGGAUGCAACAGAUUCUUUGUGUAGCAUUUAGUCAAACGCAUGAGUGGGAUUCUCAAAAUGUCAUCAUGACAGGUUCAACGGAUGGAGUUGCUCGUAUGUGGUCGAUGGAUUACGUGCAAGUGCCUGCCGAGGAAGACAAACCAAAAGAAGUGGAACCUGAAGCAGAGAAGAAAGGGAAGCCAGGUGGCGAAGAAGCUCAGAGCGAAAGUACAAAGAAGAGAGUGCACGAUCUCGUUAAGCAAAUGAGUAUUUCUGCCGAAGGAGCAGCAGGCAUGCUUGCGAAAAGCGGAUCGGAGAGCAGCCUCUCAGAACCUGAGAAUACCAAAGAAGCAUCGAGACUGCACGAAGAAAAGGAGGAGUGCUCGGAUAAUGAGUCCAGCAAUGGAUCCGGUAGCAAACCCUCGCCUCAGAGUAAUCAUUCUACUACCGUUGUUCUUCGAAGAAAAAAUCGAGGUAAUCCGAUGUUUCGGAAAAGUGAAGGUGGAGGUCGUGCCGACAGUGACGGGACACAAACUAGCGAAUUGACGAAUAUUUCUGGAGAUUCCGAAGGGGCAUUACGAGCGAGUAAAAGUGACACCAGUCUGACGGACAGCUUUGUGGUCGUUACGGAAGCAGAUACUAAGCCUAAGAAGAUCAAUCCUCAGAACAUUUUAAGGGAAGGCUUUAAAUGGCAGCGACAGUUGGUUUUCCGAAGCAAACUGACAAUGCACACUGCCUACGAUCGCAAAGAUAAUACCGAGCCGGCAUCUAUCACUGCUCUCGCGGUAUCGAGGGACCAUAGAGCCGUGUACGUAGGGGAUGCCAGAGGAAGAGUGUUUUCUUGGAGUGUAUGCGAACAACCGGGUCGAACGGUAGCUGAUCAUUGGCUGAAAGACGAAGGAGCUGAUUCUUGCGUAGGCUGUGGAGUUAGAUUCAAUCUUUACGAGAGGCGUCACCAUUGUCGCAAUUGUGGACAGGUGUUUUGCUCUAAAUGCAGCCGAUUUGAAUCCAAGAUAUCCAGACUUGGCAUUUUGAAACCUGUAAGGGUUUGCCAAGGAUGCUACUCCACACUUCGCCCUCAAAACUCUACGGAAAGCAACACUUAAUAUGGUAAUCCGAAAUUACCCGUGAUAUACGUUCUUCGUUUAGACGAAUAUUUAUUUUAUUUGUACAUAUUCAUGAGUGUAACCGUACACCUCCUCGAAGAAGUAGAAUUCACGUUAGGGGGGUGUAAACGUUGCCUGGAAUUUCGGUGGGUAAUUAUGUUGGAGCCCCCACGUUUUAUUGCUUCAUGACACGGCAGUACGGAUAUCGAUUGAGAAUACGUCAAUGCAGGGGCCUCUUCGUAAAUAUAACGCACUUCUUCGAUAAACUCCUGCACUUACGUUUGAAAACUACAUUUACACUCGAGCCAGCUAUUUUUAUCAGGACUACGCGAUCGAAUAUAUUGUACCGCGACGUUUAAACGGGACUAUCCCACUUUUUCACAUACAAAAAAAAAGAAGCACGAUAUGCAAUGUAUCGUUUACAAAUAGUGCCGUUGGUACUGACUAUUACUAAUGUGCUAAGACGUGCGGAUAAGAGUCUGACUAAUUACACGUAGUCGAAGUAACCACCAAAGUGCGGAUAUAUUACAUUACGCGGGUAUAAACCGUGUCGAAGGGGAUGAUUUGGUAAUACGUUUUCACGCAAGGGAUCGAACGAGUGCAUUCUGCGAUCCAGUUUUCCAUCUAUAAAAAUUGUAUAGGUAGACUCUCGUAAGCAGUAGUUCCCGGAAUAUUAUACAUAUAACCAUCGGUGUUACAUGCAUAGGGGACAAUUUAUUAUUCGUAAUCUGUGAUUCUUAAUUUUACAUUAUUAUUUAGAUACGGUAAAAAGAAAGGAUUUAAUGACGUUUGAUACUUGCAUUAUAUAUACAUAUAUAUAUAUAUAUGUAUAUAUAUGAUUUCGUACGAACUAUUAACUUCAUAUUAAUGUAUACAUACACUGUGCGAAGUAUUGGUUUUGCAACACAUGUGGUAUACACUAACUUAUAUUUAUUAGUUGGUACGUAUUUUACGGUAUAAUUUGGCAGAAUAAUAGCGGAAAAGUAUUGGAUAUUUAGAACACACGUAUGUUUGAUGAUCCUCAAUAUUUAUCUCUUUUUCUUUUCUACGGUUGUAAUGACAUUGUGGUACGUGUCCAUUAUCUUUCAAGCUAUAUCCCACAUUCAACGAGCGCAACCAACACGAACACGUUGCCUUUUAUUUGUCCAUUAUGCUUAAUUUAUUCAAACGUGCUACUACACAAUAGACAAUACCGUAUUUGCGUAAGAAUUACAAGGAAACCGUAGACUCUAAUCGUAACGCCGAUAAGUGAAGGUAUAUACAAAUCCAGACGUUUGUUUACAACUUAGAUAAUAGUAUUACCCUCAUAUAUAUAUAUAUAUAUAUACAUAUACAUAUAGUAAAAAAAAACCUGGAUCGUCGCGAGAACAGUACUAAUAUAUCCGAUGAACGAGGUUUAUAAAAUUUUAAACAAUCGACACGCGUUCCGGGAAAAAAAUUCACGAGAGUGCUAGCUCGAGUAAGAGUUACCGAAAAAUGUCAAUUGUAGCCUUUUGAGCUAAUUAAUACGUUCAUAAGAUCGGAACAACAAAGACGUAUUCGUUAAUUGGUAUUAAUUUGUAUGUCUUUUAUAUUCGGUUGUUUGAAUUAUUUUGACGCGCUGUGAAUUUUUAAAACUUGACCUCCCUUAACGAGAGAAAUUUGGAGACCCAAUUUACUAUCUAAACAUUAUAUAUAUAUAUUCGUAAAAUACGAAACAAAGUGUCAAGCGAUUCGUAGACAUUUCGUACUAUUUAUUGCUCCGAUAACUUCGCACAAAUCAGGAUCGAGGUAGCUGGAAAAACUAUUAAAACCGACGUUAAUAAUUAUGACAGUAUUGCACUUACUAAAGUUACUAAGUAAGACAGUACGCCCUACUGUUUCCAAACGCGUAAAUGUUCUAAAGUAUAAUCAAUUAUCUAUGCGAAUUCGUAAGAACGUCAUAACAGAAUUAAAAUAAUGAAUAUGGGGAAAGCGCUUUGAUGAUCUGAAUUUCAGAUAACGUUUUUAUCUGCUAAUAAUCUACAUGCUAUUAUUAUGUCUUAUUCAUUUUUCUGGUCGAUGAUUCCAAUGAAAAGCUAAAGCUACUGUUACUAGGUAAACCAUACAUCAUACAUAAGGAAAUAAUCUAACGAUACAAAGCAGCAAAAUCUAACCGAUACAAUUUCCUUGUUUAGUAAAUUAUUAAAUGAUUAGCGCUGCCGCGUUAUUUAUCUAUUUAUUUAUUUCAAAGAACACAGAAAUGAUGUGUGCGGUAAUAUUCUCAAAGUAAAUUUGCUGUUACUAAUCUGUAUCACAUUUUUAUGUGAAGAUUCAAAGAUUUCACUUUUUUACUUCUCCCAGACACAAGACAUUUUCUAAUCAAAUGUGCUUUCGGUGUCAUCGUACCUUUCCUCAUAUAAAUUUGCUAAAUUUAUUAUCUUUAACAGUAUUAUUUAUAAUUGGUCAAAUCGGAUAUUAUUUGUACAUAUAAAUUCUAAUGAUGGCAUGAGUUUUGCAGACGAUUUAAUUUUUGAAAUAUUGUAUAUGUUGCCAUCUCGAGGCAAAUGUAUAAUAUACAAGAGAGAUGUCCUAGUCCAUGUAACAUUAAAAGUAUUAUAGGUGUUUUUAUUAAAAAGAUGGUGGAUGUGCCAUAAAAGGCGUUAAUUGUUGUUUAAAUAUAUUCGAGUUCGUUUGGUUCACUUGUAAUAUCUACAAGAGUAUACAUCAGAAUCGAUCAAUCACGUGGAUUAUUUUUAUAUAACAGUGUGUUCGAAGUAUGAUCAUUUUAAUUAAUCAGUAUCGGUUCACAAGAGAAGUCCUGACUAAUUGAGAAAAGAGAAUACAAGAAUAAUGUAGAGUCCACUUCUUAAGUCGAGGCAUCGGCCUACUUGCAAUUACAAUUUUAUUUUAUAAGCUAACUUCUUUCUGCAGCUAGCCUUUUGCAACUCUACAUAAUAACGAUUGGAACCUUCAGUUGCAAUAUUAGUAAGGCCGGAGUUGCACUUAAUGUUUCACCCAACCCACUAAUAAAUCAUUUAUCUUUGUAACUAAUAACGUAGAAUGCUUAUAUUACCUUGUGGAGUAGUUAAAUAAUUGUAAAAUUCAGAUUGUCGGAUAAAGAUAUCGCCACGAUCAAAAUCUAUUUUGAAAAGUUGAUACGUCAAAGUAAUAUCGUAAUUCCUUCUCAUUGAUAAUUAGGUAAAUAAAAUUAUCCUCUCGAACGAGUAAUUACUGCUGAAUUUUCGGUAGCAUUGCCGCCAAAUGUGCGCCAUAAAAAAUGUAGAACUGGAGCAUCGUUUUAAUCUGCAAAAUCCUGAGAUAGUUGCCUAAUGCAAAAUAAAAUGAUGGAUAUUUUUCAAAACAAAUAUUUGAGUUCCCCUGUCUGAGAACGCUGACCUAUUGGUCUCUUCGUUUUCUCUUCUUAAAUACUUUAACUUGUAAUUUCGUAAUCUUACGUCUAUUGAUGGCACAGAUUUGGGUCCGCCCAAUUUCUUUUAAUUUUUUACCCGACGAGUUGGCAUUGACAUCUCGAACUCACAAUUAAAAACAAGUCUCCAACGUUAAUCGCUAAAUCAAGAUUAGAAUACGUCUAAUCGUUUAUUUAUAUUCAUAUUUCCGUGUAACCUAAAAAUAAAGAAUUUUACGCCGAGGAAUCUUGUUCCACGGUUGAGGAUCAAUCACGAGGACACGUGUGUGUGAAGAAUUAAUAAGUCCGAGAUUUAUUCGUUAUAGUGCUUCGUUUAACCGUGGCCGAAUAUGAAUUAGUGAACGGCCCCUAGAUAAAUGAUGUCAAGUGUAGUAUUUACUCGACAGGAUUUGAUAGAUGAAUCAGAAUUGGAGCGAUUAACGAUCAGACCUCAAUUUGUAUAUAAUUAAGAGAAUUAAAUCUAGUAUUGUAAGCUUCCAUCGUUUAGCGAUGUAAGUGAUGAGAAAUAGACUUUAGAAAAAUCGUGUCUAAUCGGGUCUGUUUCGCUCUCUAGUGUGAUCUGUGGACAGCCAGUCAUGAGACUAAUUAUGCUAACGAGUAAUAGGAGGGAAUACCAUCCCUAAGAUCUCUAAAAUACUUGAAAUUAUUUAUUGCUAAAAGUAUCGUGUAUCAUCGCGCAAGUUUAUUGUUACUGAUUUUCCACGGAUCAUGUAAUGGCGAAAAAUCUGCACCCUGAAUGUAAUAAUCAGGGCUUGGAUUUUGGCUAGUCCUUUGACAAUGUUGAUGUGCGUUUCAUUAGAAUUAUGCUCCAACCACAUGAGUUCACAUUUUGUUAAUUAUCUAAUUGGAAAGAAGUAAACAGACCGAAUAAAUCAAUUUGCAUUUUCAUUUAAAAUACUGAGGGAAAAAAUUUGAAGUAAUUAAAAACCAAUUUCGGGGUAACAUCGACUAUUAUUUUUCUAUCUUUCGCAGCCCUAACGGGCAUUUUAAUUCAAUGUGUAUGCGCAAUUGUAUUCCUUAUUUAAUUAAGUGGAUAACUUUAGUGAUAGAAUACCUAUCAAGAAAAAAUAGCAUCCAUGUCAAAACAUAUCAAAUUUCGAGCCCUGAUGAUAACAAAUAUUAAUGCCCAACGCGUGUACGUAUGAAGGUGGAUGUGUGUGUGCGCUCCGUAUAUGUACAUAUGCACACCGUUAUGCAUAUACAGAAAUAUACAUGUCUGUGUAGUGUACUGAUAAAACCAUCAUUUACAUUGUAUGUAGGUAGUUCCGUCGCUGGUUGAUACUCGAAGAAUGUUGCAUAGUUGAUCUUGAUCAAAUAUAGCUUUAUUGAAUGGGCCAAAA